CAUUGGCUGCAGCAGACAUUACAUUCACUUUAUAUGAGAUAGGACUGCAGACCUCUCUCACACUCCCUCUCUCACAUACACACACACUCUCUCUCUCUCUAUUGGUUUCACUCCUCUUCUACCACUCUCUUUCUAGCUGAUGCUCACACAACACAGACCAAGCCAUAUAUAAUAUUAGCAGCACACAACAGCAGCUAGCAUUGAAUACAACUCGACAGCAGGAUACACUUCUAAUCUCAAGAAAACUUUCAAGGAUUUACCUGCAUCAAUUUACUUCAUGAGUGAAAAAAUCAAGAUGGCUACUGUUACUUCACAGUGAAGACUUAUUUGGAGUUGAAACAAAUUAAUCAGUUUUCUCAGCUAACUUAUGAUUGAAAAUGAUGUUAAAAUUUUGUGUAGUAUUGUUCAUUCUUGGAGAAUCGUUGUCUGUAGAUGUUAUCUUCCAUGUGCCAGAGGGUCACAGUCCAGGUACAUUUAUAGGGAAUAUUGCUGAUGAAACUCAUUUUUUGGACAGCAUGCCUUCUCAAGAACAUGGCUCUGUUACAUUCAGCCAGUUACAUGAAAGUAUUAGUGAAGAUUUUGAACUGUUUAACAUAACUAGCUCAGGUAAAAUGUACACAACACAGAUAUUAGAUGCUGAAUCCCUCUGUAAAUAUAAUUCAGAAUGUUUUAAAAUGGUAGAGAUUGCAGUCAGGCAUGAGGAAUCUUUUGUCCGAAUUUUGGAAAUUAAAAUAAUCAUUGAUGAUAUUAAUGACAAUGCUCCUGAAUUCUCCAGCAAACAAAUCAAACUUCAAUUUUCUGAAACUGAUAGAGAAGGUUUUAUGAAAUCAAUACCGAAUGCUUUAGACAAAGAUGUUAGCACACUUUAUAACCAGAUUAAUUAUCAGCUUUACAAGAACCUAGAUGAACCCUUUUCUUUAUCAGUUAAUAAAAAAGUUGAUGGAACAGCUAAAAUUGGUAUCAUGUUAGAAGAAGCACUUGACAGAGAAUUGAAAGAUAGCUAUGCUCUGCAGGUUAUUGCCAGAGAUGGCGGCUCACCACCAAAGGAAGGCAUUUUAGAUAUUCAGAUUUCAGUUACAGAUGAAAAUGAUAAUUCUCCAUCCUUUUCUCAGGAUAUAUAUAAUGUAUCAAUUAAUAAUGGUUUUCGGAAAGAUAUUCCAGUGUUUGUUUUGCAUGCAACAGACUUAGACUCAGGGGAAAAUGGUGAAAUUUUAUACCAAUUUGGCUCAAAAACAUCUCCUCUUGCAAAAUCUCAUUUUACAAUUAAUGAAAAAACGGGAGAGAUUUUCCAGUCUCGGACAAACUAUGGUGAAAGGAAACAAAUGUAUAAGCUUUAUAUUGAAGCUAUUGAUAAUGGUAAUCCUCCCUUAAGUUCAACUGCAAUUGUUUUGAUAAACAUAUUAAACGAAGAAAAUAAUGCUCCAAGAAUAGAUAUGAAGUUUGUUUCAAAGUUUGAAGGCAACAGAGUAACAAUAUCUGAAGGAGUAAAAGUUGGAAGUUUCAUUGCUUAUGUGAAAGUUAUAGACAAUGAUAUUGGUUUAAAUGGAGAAGUUUCCUGUCAGCUUGAACAUGACAAACUGGAACUCAGAAGUUUGGGAACAAACAAAUACAAAGUAGUCAUCAAAAAUACUGUGAACAGAGAAAGUCAAAGUCAACUUAAUUUUGCAGUUGUAUGUGAAGACAAAGGGUUGCCCCCUUUACUAACCAAAAGAAUGUUUACAGUUCAAGUAAAAGAUAUCAAUGACAUUCAACCACAUUUUACUCGUGAUGUUUUCAAAUUUUUAACUUAUGAAAAUGAGAAACCAAAUUUUCCAAUUGGUUUGAUAAAUGCAACUGAUCAAGACCAAGGAUCUGGUGGUCGACUUUCUUUCUCUUUGUUGAAUGACCACAACCGUGUUUUACCUUUUAAGAUAUCCAACUUUGGAUUUAUUGUAACGACUCAAAUGUUGGAUCGGGAACAACAAGACGUCUAUAAAUUUAAAGUUUUAGUCAAAGACAAUGGUAUUCCGCCAUUAAGUAACGCUGCUACUGUAAUUGUGGAAGUUAUGGAUAAAAAUGAUAAUGCUCCCUAUUUUACAUUUCCCAGUGUUAGCCCUUUCACUUUAGAUGUUCACUACCAUCCACAGAGUAAUAGUGACAUUACAACCUUGAGAGCUUCAGACAGAGACAGUCACGUGAAUGCUUUUCUCAAAUAUGAAAUACUUUCUGGAAAUGGAAAACAAUUAUUUACAAUAAAUCCUUACACAGGAACUUUGUCUUAUUAUCGAACAGUUUACCAAAAUGAUGCAGGAUUAUAUGAUCUUCAGUUUGUUGUCAAAGACAGUGGCACACCAGUUUUAUCAGCAACAACUAUACUGUCUUUGACACUGACUGUCAGUAACAAUACGUCUAAGAUGUUUACACCUAUAGGCAUAGAGGCUGAUAAAAAGAUACAUUUUAAUUUAGUUGCUGUUAUAGUUAUUGCAGCUGUCAUUGUAUCUGUUGCUAUUGUGGUUUCCAUUGCAAUAUGUAUCAUUCAGAAAAACAACCAAAGAAAAUUUCUCUAUACUAACGACGUAGAUGGGAAUAAUAAGUUUGCUGAAGAGAGGAGACCAUCAGAAUAUGUUUCUGAGACUGUCUCUCCUCAAUAUGAUAUUUCUAUUACAAUGGUAUCUGACAACAGCAUGAAAAGAAAUACACAGACAGCUACACUUAAAAAAGAAUCACUUCCCAGACAUAAACCUGGACAAAAUUGGAAAAAUUCCCCAACAGGAAUAUUACACCAAAAUAUUAUCCAAGGGACACAUCAGAUAUUCCCACAAGAAAAAGUCUGGAACCAUUAAAUCAGGAAUCUGAAAUUUCAUUCCCAUCCUGAAAAAGGCAACACAAAAUCUACAGCAAAACCUCAGAGAUACCUCAACAUCAUAAAUCAUGACAGGAAUCAAAUAUGCUUUGAAAAAAAUAUUAGGAACUAAUUUCACGAAUUUGGCAUAAACCGAAAAAUUUCAAGAGAAGGAGUUAUUUAAUUACAUCGACCUUAGUACUCAACUGGUCUUAUUUUAUCAACUCCAAAAGGACAAAAACCAAAAUCAACCUCAGAAGAAUUUGAACUCCACAAACAGCAGGAAGAAAUGAUGUUAAGUAUUUUGUCUGAUGCCCUAAUGACUCUGCCAGAUCAUCACCAUAAUUCAUAUCAUAAAUAUUAAACAGAGAAGAAUAAAUACAACUACACUUAGCAUUCUUUUGUAGGGGUUUUGUUGAUUUUUCAGAGAGAAGGGCAAUUUUUAUUCUAAUAAAUAUUUUAUUACCAUUAUCCAAAGAAAACUUCACUUAACCCCUACUCCACAAAUAGUAUAAGAAAACAUUCCCACAAAAAACACCAGUGAUAUCUUUCAUUGGCCACUCUGGCUUGAAAGAUUCAUUUCCCAGCCACAUUGACUUCAAGGUUCACUUAUUACACAAGAGUCUUGGACUAGCUGUAAAGGAGGAAUAAGAUGUGACCAGAAGGUUAUCAAAAGCUGCUGAGAAAGCAAGCCAUUACACAUGGUUCAAGGGAAAGGAUGAGUGGUGUGGCAAGAACAGACUCUGAAAAUGGUAGAAACAGAUGGCCAAGAGUUGUAACUUCUGUCUCAACAAAGCUCAUGCUGUUAUGUGAAAGUUUUGUCGCAAUUCGUGGCCCCAGGCAGUUCUGGUAUCAUGGUGGAAAGAGUUGAAAUGUCUAUAGUACUGCUUCUCUGCCAGAUGAAACAUUAACUCCUGCAUUUGGAGACAGAGUACAGCAGCACCUUCAGCACACAAGUAUUUACCUUAGAAGAAGAGCAACUGUCAGAGAACAAAGAACCAAGAAUACCAGAGGUCACAUCACUGACUGCCACAAAAAAGAAUCUGAAAAUCAAGGACUUUCCCUUAGUUGGCUUCUGUUCCUUAUGAAUUGCAACAAUGUCUUAAUAUCUCGGAGAAAAGAAUUAACUUCAAAAUAUAAUGAUCUGUUUCUCAUGUCAACCCAGUUUAAGCAUGAAUUGUAUUUGAUAAAAAAAAUUAAGCGUAAUGAAAUGAAUUUUGUGGGCGUGUUUGACUCAGUUUUCUUUAAUUAUGUUUGUAAAGUUCAUUACAGGCUAUAGUCAUAUUUUAUAAGCAAAUACUCUGUCUAAUUCUAAACUCCUUUAUUAGAUUAAUUGCACUUCUUCCAAAGUAACUAAAUUAGUUGUGAACAUUUACCAGUUUAUCAUAUAAGUUUCUAAAUUUAACACAUUUAGUUUCCACACUUAACUGACUGUACCUAACUUUAGUAGUAUGAUAGAAAAUUUUGCCUUUUCUGCAUUGGAUUAAAAUAUUUCAGAUGCUAUAUAUUUUGCAUGUGUAUUUAUGUGUGUACACAAGUCUAUUUGGCACUAUGUACUUCAUUGCUUGCUUAGUGGUGUUGCUUACAGAUAGUUUGACAUGAAAUCUAGAAUUUCAACGGAAGAUAUACAGGUGUAUUUUGACAGUAGAAUAUAUACAAGUCUGUAUGAACCACAUUAAGGAUCUUACUGUAAUUAACAACAUUAAUGUGUAUUGUGAGGUAAUAAUGUCACUAGUGACUUUGCAUAGAGAACCAAAGUGAUUAAACUGAUCUCGUAAAGAGAAUCCAUACAUGUAGGCACUAUCAUGGGUGUGUGCUAAGAAGCUUGCUUCCCAACCACAUAGUUCCAGAUUCAGUAGCAUCUUGGGCAAGUGUCUUCUACUAUAGCCUCAGGGUGAUCAAAGCCAUGUGAGUGAUUUGGGUGACAGAAACUGAUAGAAGCCUGUCA